AUGAGGAUGAAGGGAUUAAUUUUCAUAAUCGCACUACUGUGUUUGGCUCACGCUUGGGCACAGAGGGAUGAUUUUGAUGAAUCACCAAAAUCUCUUGAAAAACGAACUCGCUACUUGACCUUAGUCGGUCAAAACAGGCGCUUCAUAUCGUAUUCCGCUCGGCGACCCUCAAAAAAGUUGGCACACACUCCGAUCGUUAGUAUUGAGCUCUGCGCCGAUGGAGAAUGC